AUGGAUGGGAUUGCUUGUUGGAGAAGGGGAUCAAUUGCAUGCAGCACUUGCUUAUUCUCAUUCUAGAGGAUUAUCCUGCAAAGUAGUCAGUGGAUGAAGCAACGUGACCGAAUUCAUGUUUCAUAUCUCCUCACCGAGCAUAUCAGAUAGGAAUUUGUCAUUUGGUGACAUUUAUUUUAUUUUUUUCCCAUUACAACAGCACACGAGUGGUACUUCAUUUUGCAUGAGCAGCCAAUGGAGGAGGAGAAGGUGGCGGGGGAACUUCAAACAGAAUCCGACCCGGUUCUCCCGCCGUCCUAUCCGGGAAGCGGGGGGAAACUGGAUGCCGUCGAGCCGCCGGAUGUCCCCUUCAGGCUGCAGCCUACUGGGAAAGGUCAAAUUGUUGCCGCUUCGUGUCAGUCGGGCGUAUUGAGCAGCAGUGACGAAGAGGAGAAAAAGGAGGAAGUAGAGGUGCAAGUCAGGUUGGAGAUCCACAGCCCACCGGUGGACGCACCGGUGCAGCUCCAGGAAGACGAAGAAGACAAGAGCGAAACACCUCCUUGUUCCCCCUCUGCCAUCCUACCUGAUAACUCCAAUAGUAGUAAAAACAACCUCAUCACGCCUCCUCCACCACCUGUGCUCUCCUGCUCCAUCUCAACCCCGAGCCCUCAAACACCUCCCCCUGUCCUCACAUCCAGACACUGGGCACCCCCAAAGGGCUUCUGGAGGGUCGCCCGGCCGGAGACGUUGCUUCUAAACGGCGUGGACCCCCAUAACGUCUCCUUCGCUUUACCCUGCAAGGACGACACUCAAGGGGAGGACAAAGCAGCAGGUCUCGGAGGCAUUGUGGGAAAUGACACCGAGGCGUCGUCCGAGGUGAAGUAUCUGUGUGAGGUGGACAGGCAUGAUGGGGUGUGCACUUCUCUGCAAGGCAGGGGCCUCUGUGCUGAUGAGAAUGAGAAAGUGAGGCAAAGCGACAUCUACGCCAAAUUGAAAGAAAGACAGCAAAACUGCAGCGAUGGUCAUUAUGGAGAUGCAACAGACACUGUGGAUUAUGAAGAUCAGGCUGCCCACGGCAGUUCAGAAGACUCAAUCAUUCUUAAGGAGCUUGAGCCCUAUUUGAGAUCGCUCCUGGUAAUCAGCGAUGAUGAACUCCCUCUGAGCCCAAGACACGAGCAAGCCAAGCGUCUCCUGGAGCGAGCGCGGCUCAAGGCUCGCUCCAACCAUGUUAAAGGUGACCGUCCCAGCAGACGCUCCCAUUCUGAUCCCAGAUCCACUGUUAAGAAGCAGCAAGUCGAGGAUCACAACCCAGCAUCGGUGCAGAAAGCCAUUCAAGCCAAAGAGGAUCACAUAGUUCAAAGUGCAUCUGGUCCCCUCCUCGUCCCUGAUCAAGGAGACACAUCACCUGGGGAUCAGGCCGUUCGAUCCAGACGGUACGGCUGCUCACCUACUCGGGUACGCUUUGAGGACGAAUCAGAGAGAGAAGCAGAGUCUCGGUACUUGGACAGGGUGCGACAGCGUGGCCGACCUGCUGUGCCCAAAUCUAAAAACAGGGACAGCAAUACGGAUUCCAGCAGUAGUGGUUCAGAGAGGAGGAGUCCCAGGAGUGUCUCUAUGGCUCCUCUACUGAAGCAAGACAUGGGUGUCAAUGCUGAAACCACGACGGUGAUCAGAGAGAUUAUAGUCCUGGUGAAGAAAUGCGAAGCAUGUGGUUCUGUCGUGAGGGAACCUCAGCCGGUCUUCUCACUAACAGAUCAACAGAUCAUAGAGUCACAGCAGACUGGAAACCAAGCGGACACGAGGGGCAGAACGGUUCCUUGUUGGGUGCCUCCGACCAAACCGGAAGUCAGCACCCGCCCUAAAGCUCCUCUGACGGUCACAUUUGCGGGAGCUUUCGUUUUGGGGGAGAAUAAAGAAAGCAGCACAGGCUGGAAAUCAUCAGGGUUUGGGAAGCUCAGGAGAAGGAGCAGGAAAGGAGAGAGUCGACUGGAGUCUGGAAACGGUCCUUAUGGUCCAUCCUGGGCUCAGAGGCGUAACUCCAACCCCAGGAACAGAGUCAACUUGAGCAGAGCUGUUUCCUUUGCACCAGACAGCCCUGUGAUGCUAGAGCCACGUUUGCUGGGUGCCUCCGGUGGAGUGAGGGAAGCGCCCACCCUGCCUAUCAAGUCUGCUCUCAAGUCAAGCUCGAGGAACCGCUCCGCCGCGGGUCAGUCGACCGUACAGUUCCAGAUUGCUUCCAGCCAGGGAGGUGAAGUUAGGCCUCAGAAUUUGGCCCUCUUCGAUUGUCCAGAGGCAAGAAGGGAGUCGCCUGGGUCUGUAGUGCAAGGAGCCCCAGCGAUAAGCAACCCAACGGCAUGCAUAAGGCCCUCCACGCUGAGGUACUCCCCUGCUCGACUCAACCCAGACAUGCCAGCUGCUGAUGUCUGGGAUGCAAGUCUAGAUGGAACGGUGAGUGCAGACAGCAGUUCUGGGUCAGAGUUCCACCCCGCUAUGCGGAGCCUGGCCUUGUCUCGGGCUGAGGAUCUCAGAGCUGAGCUGUUGAGAGCCGAGCAUCUCAAAGCUGAGGGCGUAUGGGAGGACAGCUCAGAUGGGUCCAGGAAGCUGGAUGGGCGGCCGAAGCUUUUCUUGCGUCGCUUCUUUUCCUCCAUCGGCCUGAACAGCGUAGGCAGACUUGUGAAGGGAGGCCGCUCCAGUAGCAUGGAACAGCUCAGCAUACCCGCCAGCAGGUCCAACACCGUGUCCCCGAGCCCCACGCGCAGACUGCAUCCCACCAUCCGCAUACAGAGGACGCCCUCGCUGCAGACCCUGCACACAGCGCUGCCGCUGGCCCAACUCCGUAAAGCCUCCUCUGUGCAGAGUUUAGAGAGGAGAACAGAGCGUGCAACCAUCCUGGGUGAGGUGCAGAUACCUUAUGGCCUAGCGCCAAGCCCCCAACUGGAGCUCCAUCGGACCCUGAGUGUUGAAGACAUACUCCCCUCCAGAGUGGUUCGACCGGCGGGGAGGGUUUCCCAGGCUUUUCCUGAUGGGUCUCUUCUCCUGGAGCUCAUCAGACCACCAAACGGUCCCUUUGGUUUUGUCAUCUCACGCGGCAAAGGCAGACCAGACACAGGUGUUUACGUAGAGAAAGUGGGUGAUGGAACCGGUGAAGUUCCCUACGUGGGUCUCCUGGGCGUGGGUGAUGAGAUUCUACAGGUGAAUGGAGAAGUGGUGUCGGGACUCAGUCUGGAGCAGAUGACCCGGCUCAUGACCCAGGAAAGUGUCGCCUCUCUUCGGAUCAUGCCGGCCCGACGCAGCCCGCGCUGAACGGCGAGGCGAGCCAGCCGGUACACUGACUACAACUGACCAAAAAGUACUGAAUGUUGAAGUCAGUUGAGGAGCUUCAUUUCGACAAAAGUAGGGCUUUUGGGGUGGCGUCAAUUAGUCACAGCAGGGCUUGGUCGAAUAGCAGGGAUUCACUGUACAGUAUUGUGUACAUUCUUGAUGGACCACAGGUGAGAGGUGUAUAUGUUCAUAUUUAAUCCAAAGGGCCAGCAAUCAUUUACCUGCAGGAACGAUGGACAACACAAUAUAAAUAUUAAAAUGCAGCAUCUAUAUGUAUGUACUGUUAUCAUGAUCAGGAAUGCUUUAAUCCGAGUGACCUAAUAUGGGGUUUCUCAAUUUUGUUCUAAAUAAGAUCUGACUAUAAACUCUAUGAACUGUAAAUUAUUAAUAAACAGCAAUGGUUUGCAAAGGUCGCCUGCAGCAGCACGUGUUGGCGGACUGUUUGGCAAGCGCAAGCAUACUGCCACACUUUAUUUAUAGUUAUCUAUUGUUUCAAAUGUCACCAUAUGCUAUGCAGUUUAGGACUGGCAGAAGGGGAAGAAAUUAAAAGUCUUUAAUGAACCUACCAGUCAUGGUUUUGGAAUGUGAGAGGAAACCAGAGUACCCCGAGAAAACCCACAUCAGCAGGAGGAGAGCAUACAACUGCACACAGGUGAAAUCGCACUCGGAAUUUCUAGAGUGUGAGGCAGGCAUGCUAACCACUAGCGUAAUAUGCUGCUUGGAGUUAAAUGCUCAUCAUUUGAUGUUAUUAGGAGUUCACACUGACUAAUAAAAAACAAUGAUCAAGCAAUGCUAAACUAUUGAAUGUGUAUAAACCCAGGGGUGAAGUCAUACCCCAUACCACAGGUGUCAAAUUGGUGGCACGGGGGGCCAGAUCCGGCCCGUCACAUCAUUUGAUGUGGCCCGCGAAAGCAAAUCAUGUGCGUCGACUUCAUGUUUUUUGCGGAUAUCAAAAUUGAAAAUUGUCUUCACUUCUAAUAAAGGUGCGAAAUUGCAUUUUUUUUUGUUGCCAAUACCUCUUUUCAAAGACAUUUAUUAGUAGUUAAAAAAACAUGUUUUUAUUGGGUUCUAAUUUCAAAUCUAGUUAUCCAUCAAUUUGUUGGGUAUAUGUAAUUAUAUGAGAUGAUAAUUCAUUUAUAUGGGUUCACAGUCAUAACCGAGGGAAGUCAUAACUACAAUGUGGCCGGUGACAAAAAUGAGUUUGACACCUCUGCCCUAUACUGUAUUUUCCUUUGCAAGCAUGUGCCAUAUUGGAUCUAUAAUAAAGAUUAUAUUUAGUGAAAUGACAGUAUUUGACUGCAUAAUUGCACAGUGAAACGGUCAUGCAUCCACUUAACCGAAUCAUUUUCAUCGAAAUUAUUAUUUAGUAUUUAAUCCAAAUAAUGUAUCUUUGUACAUCUAUCUAGGCCAGCGGCAUAUAGUGACAGGCAGAGAUGCUGCGAAAGGGCAGGCAAAGCGGACAUUUGCCUCAGGCCCUGAGCUGAAGGUGGCCCCGACAGACGGCCAAUAUUGCUCCAUAUCAAUGACACAACUCGUCAGCGCUAUGACGGACUCAGGAAUCUCCCUCAUGGGGGCCCCUAAUAACUGAUACUGGGGGCUAGUCAGGGGGCCCUGAGAGAGGGCACAUUUUGUUCCAUUUCAACAACUCAACUUGAAACCUUUCUAAACACUGCAAUGGAUUUAGGAAUCUCCCUAAGGGAGCACCCUACUACCUACUUGUAAUUGCUAAUCAUUUUGCACAUUUCAGGCAUAUUUUUUCAAGUUAUUUAGACAAUGUAUGUCAUGUUUACUUUCAGUGUUGCAAGUUAUUUGUUGUUCAUCCUAU